AUGGCCCAAUGGAACCAGUUACAGCAGCUGGAGACCAGGUAUCUGGAGCAACUCUACCACCUUUACAGCGACAGCUUCCCAAUGGAGCUGCGGCAAUUCCUGGCCCCAUGGAUUGAGAGUCAGGACUGGGCUUACGCUGCCAACAAAGAAUCCCAUGCCACGCUGGUGUUCCACAACCUGCUAGGAGAAAUAGACCAGCAGUACAGCCGCUUCCUGCAGGAGAAUAACGUACUCUACCAGCAUAACCUGCGCAGGAUUAAGCAACAUCUGCAAAGUAAAUAUCUGGAGAAGCCGAUGGAAAUUGCCCGGAUUGUUGCCCGCUGUUUGUGGGAGGAACAAAGACUGUUGCAGACUGCCACCUCAACUACACAGGAUGGCCAAGCAGCCCAUCCCACUGGAACAGUAGUGACAGAGAAGCAGCAAAUCCUGGAGCACAAUCUUCAAGACAUCAGAAAGCGUGUGCAGGACAUGGAACAGAAGAUGAAGAUGCUUGAAAACCUGCAGGAUGAUUUUGACUUUAACUACAAAACCUUGAAAAGCCAAGGAGAGUUGUCCCAGGACCUCAAUGGAAAUAGCCAGGCAGCUGCCACAAGGCAAAAGAUGGCUCAGCUUGAGCAAAUGCUUAGCGCCCUUGACCAGCUCAGGAGGCAAAUCGUGACAGAGAUGGGAGGCCUUUUGACAGCCAUGGAUUAUGUGCAGAAGAAUCUGACUGAUGAGGAACUGGCAGACUGGAAGAGAAGACAGCAAAUUGCCUGCAUUGGAGGCCCACCCAACAUUUGCCUCGAUCGCCUUGAGACAUGGAUCACAUCCUUGGCUGAGUCCCAGCUCCAGAUCCGUCAGCAGAUUAAGAAACUCGAGGAACUUCAACAGAAAGUGUCCUACAAAGGAGACCCCAUCAUUCAGCAUCGGCCAGCAUUGGAGGAGAAGAUUGUGGAUCUGUUCAGAAACCUCAUGAAGAGCGCCUUUGUGGUUGAAAGACAGCCUUGUAUGCCCAUGCAUCCAGACAGACCCCUGGUCAUCAAAACAGGAGUGCAGUUCACAACAAAAGUCAGGUUGCUUGUAAAGUUUCCUGAACUCAAUUACCAGCUCAAGAUUAAAGUUUGCAUUGACAAAGAAUCUGGGGAUGUUGCUGCAAUUAGAGGAUCUCGAAAGUUUAACAUCCUCGGUACCAACACAAAAGUCAUGAACAUGGAGGAAUCCAACAAUGGCAGCCUUUCAGCAGAGUUUAAACACUUGACCCUACGAGAACAGAGGUGUGGCAACGGUGGCCGGACCAACAGCGAUGCAUCCCUCAUUGUAACAGAGGAACUCCAUCUUAUCACUUUUGAGACAGAAGUCUAUCACCAGGGCCUAAAGAUAGAUCUGGAGACUCAUUCUCUGCCAGUGGUUGUCAUUUCAAACAUCUGCCAGAUGCCCAAUGCCUGGGCUUCCAUCCUGUGGUACAACAUGCUCACUAAUCACCCAAAGAACGUGAACUUCUUCACCAAGCCUCCGGUGGGUACCUGGGACCAGGUGGCUGAGGUGUUGAGCUGGCAGUUCUCUUCGACCACUAAGAGAGGCCUGACCAUCGAGCAGCUGACCACGCUGGCUGAGAAAUUACUUGGGCCUUGUGUAAACUAUUCUGGAUGCCAAAUAACAUGGGCCAAGUUCUGCAAGGAAAACAUGGCUGGCAAGGGCUUCUCCUUUUGGGUGUGGCUGGACAAUAUCAUUGACCUGGUGAAGAAGUACAUCCUCGCUCUGUGGAACGAAGGAUACAUCAUGGGUUUUAUCAGCAAGGAGCGGGAGAGAGCCAUUCUGAGUCCAAAGCCUCCUGGCACAUUUCUUCUGCGCUUCAGCGAGAGUAGCAAAGAGGGCGGCAUUACAUUUACAUGGGUAGAGAAAGACAUUGGAGGAAAGACCCAGAUCCAGUCCGUAGAGCCUUACACCAAGCAGCAGCUCAGCAGCAUGUCGUUUGCAGACAUCAUCAUGAGUUACAAAAUCAUGGAUGCCACCAAUAUCCUGGUGUCGCCACUUGUUUAUCUCUAUCCUGAUAUCCCCAAAGAGGAGGCUUUUGGGAAAUACUGCAGGCCAGAGGCAGCUCAUGAGCCCGAGCCAGCAGGAGACUCGACAAGCACUAUCCAGCCUUAUUUGAAAACAAAGUUCAUCUGUGUGACCCCGUGCCCCUCCGUGUUCAUGGACUUGCAAGACAGUGAGCUGCUUGGGAACGGAUUCCCAGGCACAAACUCUGGAAACACCAGUGACCUGUUCCUCAUGUCGCCUCACACUCUCGACUCCCUGGACUCCCUGAUGCCCGGCGAAGCUGAAGCGAACCAAGGGCAUUUGGAUUCAAUUACUCUGAACAUGGAUGUAGCAUCUCCUAUGUGAAAGAAAAUAUCACCGUCUUUGUUUUUUUUUUUUUUUCUCUUGUUGGGAUUCGACCUUGUGUGAGGCUCAACGAAUGAUUUAUCUCUCUCUCUGUGUAAACACAGUCUGCCUGUAUAGAUUUUCUUGUUUCCUGUGUAAAAUUACUCGCCAUCAACUUUAAAGAUUUGUUUUUAUUAUUUUAAACUAUGGUUAAAAAAAAAAAAACUGUCUAUACAUUUGGGUCAUUCUUUGUGAACCUAUUGUUUUUAGGCAACAAUUUUCCUUCCUUGUUUUUGUUAAACUAUCUAAAAUAAACAUGCAAACAUAGGGAAAUGUAGUUUUUUGAGAAUACUGUCUUUUGACAUUUUAACGGUUUUAUGGUUUUGUGACUUGAUAGAUGUACGACAUAAGUUUUGAUAUAAGCUGUAUGAUGCUUUUAAGUUGUGCUGAAAAAGGCUAUUUUUUUUUACGUUUUUAAAAUGACCCUACAGUGAGUUAUAGCAAAUUGGCUUCUCCUUGGCUACACCAGUUUUUUGUUUUUUUCUGACAAAAUGAAAUAUUUCUGGUAUUUCUUAGGGGGAUCUCAGAUUUUUAUAAUGGUGAAGAGGAAAGAAGGACGAAAAAAUUUCUGCCAAUUAGAGGUUAUUUCUGUGAGCUUUUUUUCUCUGAUAUUGUUGUGUAAAAUGUGUAUUUUAAGUAGGGCACAGCUUUUCCACUAAAAAUGCUGUAAGAUGUGAUCAUGUUAAUUGGGCUGGCAUUUUAAAAUCAUUUUAUUUUUGUUGUACUGAUCAAUCAUGAAAUGUAUCAUUUAUUACCAAUUAAAUAUGUUUCACACAAUG